AUGUCGUCGUUGAGGGGCAAGCUUACAAAGUCUCUCGGUCACUUGGCGGUCAGCUUCACGCACCCCAAGAAGGAUCUCAUCAAGAUUGAGCUCCACCACGGAUCCCGCAAGAGCGUCGCUACUCUCCGCACUGUCCGAACUCUCAUUAACAACUUGAUCAUCGGUGUCACCAAGGGAUUCAAGUACAAGAUGCGAUACGUCUAUGCCCAUUUCCCCAUCAACGUCAACAUCGAGAAGAACAAGGAGACGGAUCAGUUCGAGGUUGAGAUCAGGAACUUCAUCGGCGAGAAGCUUGUACGAAGGGUCGUCAUGAGGCCUGGUGUCGACGUUGAGGCCUCAAAGAACCAGAAGGAUGAGCUCCAACUCUCCGGAAACAGCCUCGAGGACGUCUCCCAGAGCGCCGCCGACAUCCAGCAAAUUUGCAAGGUCCGCAACAAGGAUAUCCGAAAGUUCUUGGACGGUCUGUACGUGUCGGAGCGGGGCAACAUUGUUGAGGCCGCAUAG